AAUCGUCUGUCGAGGAAGUGUAUUAGUCUUGUUCUUCUUCUUCCUCCGAGCUCGUCAAAUCUAAACCUUUUCUCCGUCUUCUCCAUCAAAGCGCCGUAACCCACUUUCUCUACUCCACACUCUUCUUCCAGCUUGCCAUUUUGGUGUGGCGUUCUUUACAAGGCCAUAUUAACUAUGCAGCAGCAAGGUGAAGAUGGACUGCCGACGCCUGCAGAGUCUCCAUAUGAAGAGGCAAUGGAAGCCCUCUCGUCUCUCAUCACGAAACGCACUCGUGCUGAUAAGAGUAACAACGGCGAUCGAUUUGAGUUAAUGUUUGAUUAUUUCAAGAUGAUGGACCUAGAAGAGCCAGUUUCGAACUUGAAAGUUAUCCAUGUAGCUGGUACGAAGGGGAAGGGUUCAACCUGUGCUUUCUCCGAAUCGAUAUUACGAAAUUGUGGUUUUCGUACUGGACUAUUCACAUCUCCUCACCUCAUUGAUGUUCGUGAAAGAUUUCGACUGGAUGGUGUGGACAUCUCUGAAGAGAAGUUUUUGACGUAUUUCUGGUGGUGUUGGCAUAGAUUGAAGGAACAAUGUAAUGAGGAUAUGCCAAUGCCAUCUUAUUUUCGAUUCCUUUCUUUGCUUGCCUUCAAGAUUUUUUGUGAAGAGCAGGUAGAAGUUGCCAUUUUGGAGGUUGGUUUAGGAGGAAAGUUUGAUGCAACAAAUGCGGUUGAAAAGCCAAUGGUUUGUGGUAUAUCUUCUCUUGGAUUUGAUCAUAUGGAAAUUCUUGGUAACACUCUUGGAGCAAUUGCUGGAGAGAAGGCUGGUAUAUUCAAGCAAGGUGUUCCAGCCUUUACUGCUCCCCAGCUGGAUGAACCAAUGCAGGUUCUUAAGGAGAAAGCUUCUGAAUUGAAUGUCCCUCUUCAAGUUGUUUCCCCUUUGGACAAGUCUCUACAUCUUGGGCUUGAUGGUGAGCACCAAUAUAUAAACGCUGCCCUUGCUGUUGCCUUAUGUUCUACAUGGCUUCAGAAGACUGGCCACAGUGAUAUCAGCUAUUUGGAACAAACUAGAUCUCUACCCGAGACAUUUCUUAAAGGGCUUUCGACUGCUGGCUUGCAAGGACGGGCUCAAAUAGUUGCAGAUCCUUCCAUUGAGCCUGAAAGAUCUGGAGAUCUGGUGUUUUAUUUGGAUGGAGCUCAUAGUCCAGAAAGUAUGGAAGUAUGUGCAAAGUGGUUUUCUGUUGCCAUCAAAGAAGAGGAUGACAAGAAUCUGAGCAUAAAUUCUCGGAAGAAAUCAAAACAGAUCUUGUUGUUCAAUUGUAUGCCCGUGAGAGACCCAGCUUUGCUCCUUCCACCCUUGAUGACUACUUGUUCAAAGCAUGGUGUCCAUUUUGAGAAAGUUCUGUUCGUUCCAAAUAUAUCAGUUUAUAACAAGGUUGGGAAUAGUGCCUUGCCUACAUCAAGUGAUCAUCAAGUGGACCUCUCAUGGCAGCUGAAUCUCCAAACGGUCUGGGAGAAUCUAUCGCAUGGUGAAAGAGGACUGGAUUCCAAAAAUUCGAACAUCCGGCAAACUAAAGAUAUUACAGAUGCAUAUGAUAAAAGCACCGAAAGCAGCACAGUUUUAGCUUCCCUUCCCAUGGCUAUCAACUUGUUGAGAGAAAUGGUUCGGAAGAAUGAAUCUACACGCUUGCAGGUGCUUGUGGCUGGCUCUUUACAUCUGGUUGGUGAUAUGCUGAAAACGAUCAAGAAAUGAUUCAAAGCUCCAAUUUAAUCUUCUUUGUAAGUACAUUGUGUCUGCAACUCAUUGCAGUAUUGAUAGAACCACUUGACACUUGUGUGUGAAAUUACUUUCCAUAUUGUUGCCUCAAGUUGUUAACUACCUUAGACGUUAUUUCAAAACCAAUUUUUGGCAAACUGGUUCUUGUAGAAAAUUGUUCGAUACAUUUGAUCUGUACGAGGGAUCAAUCUUCUAUCUGUUACUCUAUUUUUCCAUAUGCCGAAAACAGUCUAUUGUUUCCUACAA